AUGUUAUCGGUUCUUACGCUUCCUCACUCCAUCAUGCAGCUUCCUCUCUUCAUCAAGGUGCUUCCUCUCUUGAUCAAGAUGCUUCCUCUCUUCAACAAAGUGAUUCCUCUCUUCUUCAAAGUGCUUCCUCUCUUGAUCAAGGUGCUUCCUCACUACAUCAAGAUGCUUCCUCUCUUCUUCAAAGUGCUUCCUCUCUUCAACAAAGUGCUUCCUCUCUUCAUCAUGCAGCUUCCUCUCUAA